AUGGCCAACUUCCCCGACGGAAAGCAAGAAGCUCUGGACACGCUGGUCUGUAAACACUGCAAGAAGAUGGUGCUGAAGCGGACCGCGAAAGAACACAUUGCACUGUGCAUCAAGUCGAAACAAGACAAGGCGCGCAAGAAGAAGGAGGCCCGCGAGGCGGCUCAACGCGCGAAAGAACGAGCAGAACGAGCAGACGACGACGACGAUGACGACGACGAAGUACGGGACGGCAAAAGCGCUAGAAAGAACGCAGUGGACGGCGACGGGGACGACGGUACCAAGAAGGGCAAGAAGCGUAAGCUCGAUGCCGAGGACGACAAGGACUCGAAAAAGAAGAAGAAAAAGGAAGAGCAGAAGAAGGCGGCGAAACCCAAAGGACCUGUGGACGUCGAGAAACAGUGUGGAGUCACUCUGCCCAACGGCGCGCAGUGUGCAAGGAGUUUGACGUGCAAGAGUCAUAGUAUGGGUGCCAAAAGGGCUGUGCCUGGCAGAAGCCUGCCGUACGACAUGCUGCUUGCUGCCUACCAGAAGAAGAACCAAGCCCGGCAACAGAAGGCGGCCAUCGAUGCCAAUGCUCCCGCUUUUCUCGACGAGGAUCUUGAUCCAACCCUAGCUGGACCGGUUGACUCGGACGAGGAACGAGACACCAUCAUGACGGCGAUAUCCAGGAGCCUGGCACGCCCGCAACCGUUGAUUACUCGCACACUAGUACCGACGAAGCGGAAAUAUCAACUUGUCCGCAUGAAGGAGAUGCUUUCCAACGCGCUAAGCGGGAACCGCAGUGGUGGACUGUUCAGUGUACCUCCGGAGAGUGUCCGCAAUACUGUGGGUGGGUCAGAGGCGUUCCCUCAGACAGUGGCCGCUUCACCCGCCCCGACGGGCGUAGGGAUGGCUCAACCUGGGAUCAAAGCUCCCAUGAGAAAGAGAUCGAUCGAUGUGACAUAG